CGGUCUCUUCUUUAGGCAGGCCUUUGGCGAUCUGUCUAUUAAUCUGUGACAAGACAUGAGAUGAGGACAUGUCUUUUUAGAAAGAUUGAAUUAUUGAAUACAAUUAAUAACGAGCACAAUGGUAGUCGAAGAAAAAGUGGAUUCUUUGAAAGAAAGUCAAAUGCAGGAUGGAGUUAUCACGAAAGAACCGAAGACGUAUUCCUUAGAGAUUUUAAAGAUAAUCAAGGAAGCGCAGCAGCAACAUGGGUUGAGACACGGUGAUUAUCAGCGAUAUCGCGGUUAUUGUUCAAGAAGACUUAGAAGAUUGCGAAAGGUGUUGAAAGUACCGCAAGGUGAUAGACGUCAUUUUAAGAGGAAAGACAUCACUCCAACCAUGGUUAGUGAGGAUAAAUUCUUGCAAAUGCCUUUGAUUAUGGCCGAACGCGCUUGGAGCUAUGCCAUGCAGCUACGACAGGAAUCCAACACAGAGCCGAGAAAAAAGUUUCAUCUGAUAUCAAGGCUAAAGAAGGCAGCUGCAUAUUCUGUACAAUUGCAAGAUCUGAUAGAGAAUAUAAAUUGCGAUGCACGUACAAAGCUAGAGGCUCAAGCGUAUGUGGCCUGGAUGAACGGUUCCUUGCAGUUUGAAUUGCAACUAUGGAAACAGGCCAUGGAGAAUUUGCAGAAGGCACAGGUGGUAUACGGUAAUCUAGCGUCCGCGCUGCCGGAAUUGGAGCAAAUUGUUUACAAAGCGCGUGUUGAGGAGUUGGCGCCUAGUCUCAGAUAUUGCGCUUAUAAUAUUGGAGACACUAGUGCCAUGGACGAUCUUAUGCAGAUGCGCGGACAAUUGAGCGGCGAGCUAAUGGCUAGUCUAGACUCUUUAAUAGCCCAGACACGUGAGAAGCAAUCCAACAUCGAGGAAGUAACGUGGCGUGGAAAAUCUUGCGGUACGGUGCCAGCGAGAGCAGCUGGUUUGAUCAUCGCAGAUUCCAGACUAAAUCAAGCUCUAGAGAAGGCCGCCACAAAUCAAGGGAAGAUCGAUCUGUUGGAGGCGCAUCUGAUCGACUGCAAGGACGCUCUGUCGGCGGUGCGCGAUCAUUUUAAGAACGAAUUGAAAAACAAGGAGAACGACAAGUGGUCGGCGCCGCAGCAUUUGAUAAACUAUUUGCAGUACAUUCGAUUGUCUCGCACGUUAGAGCGCAAUUUAGCGUUGGUAAAAGCGGCCGAAGAAUCGGAGAAAGCUAAACCGCAGGACAUAGUACGUUUAUACGAAGCAGCGUUAUAUAAUGUCGUAGAAAUGUCUCAGUUGCAAGAUGAUACGGAAUUCGUGGAGGAACAGGAGGCUAAAACGAAAGGCUACAGAGCUUUUAGAUGUUUCUAUGUAGCCCAAAGUCUUGCCAAUCAGCAUCGUUGGCGUGAAGCUAUGGCCAUGUAUCAGAGAUCACUGCAGCAUGUGAAAGAUGCAUUUAAAUAUGAUAACAUUCUUCCAUCCACACUGAAGGAAGCCUUGCGCAAGCUGGAAAUUUCUGUGGAGGCUGCCCAGUACUCCGCUCAUGCUCACAGCGUUCUAGAGGAUGGUCAGGAAGAAGAGGGUGGAAUCAGUAAACUUGCCAAAAGCAAGAAACCGUUGUAUGAACGUUUACACGAAUACAGGGAGGAUCCUGCGCUUCUCACCAAGCAACCGAAUGUCUACAAACUGCCACCACCAAUGCAGAGUAUUCCUUGCAAGCCUCUGUUCUUCGAUCUGGCCUUCUUCAUGGUCGAGUUUCCAGAACUGGCGCAUAAAAUAGGCGAUCAAGCUAAAAAAGGACAGGCUGGUCUCACUGGCUUCGUUAAGGGUCUCUGGGGUUGGGGAAAUAAAUGAAUAAUCUCUAUAUAAUUCUAAAAGCUCGAUAUACAUAAGAACUUUGGAUACGUCAUAUAGAUAGUAUUAUCAUGAUACUUAUAUUGUUACUACUGUGUCUUUCUACAGUAUGUCUGCCCAAAAUGGUUUAUUUCGAUGCAAAUAAAAUUUGCAUCAUAUUAUUGAAUACAAAAAUAAAAUGAGAUAUUGAGAUACUCGAUAGGAAA